AUGCGGCCAGGUCUCACUCACCGAGUGACCAAGGCCCUAUACUACAUCUCCAUCAUCGUGAUAGUAUUAUGUGUGAUCAGACUCUAUCGUGGAGCCACCGGGCCUAUCGCUGAUACUAUCCACCCAAGAUAUGGAGGCUGCCGGAUCACGGCAAAGGGCCGCAGCGGCACCCUGCUCCUCAAAGGCACCGUCCUUACUUCUCAGGGUGCCUUGGAUGACACUAGUGUUCUCAUAAGUUCUGGAACCAUCGCCGCCGUAGGUUCCAAGCUUGAUGCCACCGGUGCAACCGUACUUGAUUGCGCCGGUUCCGUUAUAUCCCCUGGCUUCAUCAACACGCACGAGCACAUCUCUUAUUCCACCGUCGCCCCGUUUCAGGACUUCGGCGAGAAGGUCAGACAUCGCCAUGACUGGCGAGUAGGUGCCCGUAACAACACGUUGCGUGAGCCUUUGGUGAACGUCAACACCGAGGAUGCGAUCACAUGGGGAGAGCUACGCCAUAUCUUCUCGGGCACCACCUCCAUCGUGGGCGGCGCCAUGGUUGCUGGACUUGCCCGGAAUCUCGAUUUUGCCCUUGGCAUGGAGGCUGAUCUUGGGUUGCCACCUGAUGUCUACGAUGUCUUUCCGCUCGAUGAUCCCCUGGGAAUCCUGAGAGACGCGGAUUGUGACUACGGUGCUGGCGCCAUAGAUCUAGAUCGGGCAAGCAAAUAUAAAAAAUACUUGAUCCAUGUUGGCGAGGGGCUUGGUGAGGAGGCUGCCAACGAGUUUCGAUGUUUAUCGAACAGCGCAUACGAUGUCCUACCUCUACCUGGCGGUGGAGGGCUCAGCACCGACAUCAUUGCACCCAAUGUCGCCCUGAUCCACGCACUAGGCUUGACACAAAGCGACUUCGAUCUGGUGGCUAAACGGGGCGCUCAUGUUGUUUGGUCACCCCGCAGCAAUGUGUUCCUCUAUGGCAAGACUUUGGAUGUCAACUAUCUCCUCGAUGCUGGCAUCAACGUAGCGCUUGGCACCGAUUGGCUUCCGUCCGGUUCCGCUACCAUGUCUAGAGAAGCCUACUGUGCACUUACAGCGACACAGAAGGUCUUCGGCUACACCCUUGGUUCAAAAACCGUAUGGGAGAUGAUGACCAUCAACGCUGCCAAAGCUGCGGGUUUUGAGGAACAUCUUGGAUCAAUCGAGGUCGGCAAGCUCGCGGAUAUCGUUGUAUUCAGGGGCAGAGGCACAGGGGAUGCUUUUGCACAGGCUGCGUAUGCCGCCGAGGAAGAUAUCGAGCUUGUACUUCGAGGUGGCAAGGUAUUGGUCGCAAAGCCAGAUCUUGACGCCUUGUUCACAGAUGCUUGUGAGGCCGUCCAGUUCGGCCACGUUGAGAAGAUGAUAUGCGUGGCUGGUGAGCUCGGCUCCAGCUUUGCACACUUCGAGAAGUCACUUGGAGGAGUCUACUCGGCAAUUCUACCAGGCGUUCCGCCAGAUGAGCCAUCAUGUGAACCAAGUUGA